AUGUCCGGCUCCUCGAUGCCAAUCUCCGUGGACCCAGUGGCCCUGGUGACCACCGAAUGUAUCACGGUCACCUCUGCCAUGCGCAAACAUGCGCGUUGGGCUCACUCCUCCGUCGCCGCCAUCCUCGGCGGGAGCGGCGUCUCCAGAUACGACCGCGAUACCUCCGCCCCUCCCAGUCCCAGCCCUAAGAGCAGUGGCGCCUCCAAGUCUGCGCUGCCGCCCGCCGUGGAUGGGGAUCAUGCAUUGGCCAACCGAUGGGGGUUGAGGGGAAAGAAAGGGAAGAGUAUGCAGGACAAUCCUCUCAUGUCGGCAUUCACACGCUUGCGGAGCGACCUCAAGAACUGCAAGGAUAUUCGAACCUUUGACACGCCAGCAUUGCUGCAUCCAUUCCUGCAAGUCAUCCGUUCCUCCUCGACGUCCGCGCCCAUCACGUCUCUGGCAUUGAUUGCCAUCACCAAGUUCUUUAACUACAACAUCAUCAACCGUGAUUCACCCCGACUCUCGCUGGCAAUGCAGCUGCUGUCGGCCGCCAUUACGCAUUGCCGUUUCGAAGCCAGCGACACCGCCGCCGACGAGAUCGUGCUAUUGAGGAUCCUCAAGCUCAUGGAAGGAAUGAUAUCACGGCCCGAGGGAGAACUGCUGGGGGACGAGAGUGUCUGUGAGAUGAUGGAAACCGGAUUGAGCAUGUGCUGCCAGAACCGUUUGUCGGAGGUGCUGCGGAGAUCGGCGGAAAUGGCCAUGGUCAACAUGUGCCAGGUCAUCUUCAUGAGGCUAUCGAACAUUGAGGAGGAGCGAGGGCGUUCUAAUCCCUUGGAACAGAAACAGCUGGAUGAGGAAGCCUCCAAUUUCAAGAUGGACCCGUCUGUCGACGGAGACACAGUGACCUCCCAGCAUCCGUCUGCCAUGGGGUUCGAUACCGCUCCGCAGGAGAAAGAUCGCGUCGGCCGUGAAACGACCCCGGAACCCCCUACCAACGGCCACGCAGCGGCUGCGCCCCCAGGUGCAGAAGAUGACUCGGAUUCCGAGGUAAAACCGUACGGUCUCCCUUCCAUUCGGGAACUAUUCCGUGUUCUCAUCGACCUUUUGGACCCGCAUAACCGUCAGCAUACCGACACCAUGAGAAUCAUGGCUCUGAGGAUUAUUGAUGUCGCCCUCGAAGUUGCGGGCCCGUCAAUUGCCAGGCAUCCCAGUCUGGCAGUUCUGGCGGAAGACGAUCUCUGCCGUCACCUGUUCCAGUUGGUCCGUUCUGAAAACAUGGCGAUUCUGAAUGGAUCCCUCAGGGUUGCCGGAACCUUACUGUCGACAUGUCGACACGUUCUGAAGCUCCAACAGGAGCUCUACCUGUCGUACCUGGUUGCAUGCCUCCAUCCUCGGGUUGAGAUACCGAGAGAACCAGGGAUUGACCCGUCACUUUAUGAAGGCGUUCCCCAAGCGCCAAAAUUGGUAAAACCACCUCCGUCGCAGGCCGGCAGCGGGCGAUCGACGCCUGUCUCGGUCAAAGACCGACAGAAACUAGGCAUGGAAGGCGGCACAAGGAAGCCAGAAGCUCGGGAAGCAAUGGUGGAGAGCAUUGGGGUCUUGGCCAGGAUGCCCAGUUUCAUGGUGGAGCUUUUCGUCAACUAUGACAGCGAGGUGGAUCGGGCAGACCUCUGCGAAGACAUGGUCGGGCUGCUAUCGCGCAAUGCCUUUCCCGAUUCCGCAACGUGGAGUACGACGAACGUCCCGCCUCUCUGUCUGGAUGCCCUCUUGGGCUACGUCCAAUUCAUCGCUGAGAGGCUGGACGACGAGCCCAAAUAUGAAGGUUUCCCUGAUCCUGAACAGCUGAGGAAGCAACGGCACAGAAAGAAAAUCAUUAUUCAGGGUGCCACAAAAUUCAACGAAGAUCCCAAAGCGGGGAUUGCUUACCUUGCUUCCCAUGGUAUCAUUGAGAACCCUGAUGAUCCCGUCCUCGUUGCGCGGUUCCUCAAGGGGACGACACGCAUCUCCAAGAAGGUUCUUGGAGAGUUUAUUUCCAAGAGGUCUAACGAGCAAUUGCUUGACGCCUUUGUCGAUUUGUUUGACUUUAAGGGGAAAAGUGUCGUUGAGGCCCUCCGGGAUCUUCUGGGGUCCUUCCGGCUUCCUGGUGAAGCUCCGUUGAUCGAGCGAAUCGUGACUGUGUUCUCCGAAAAGUACAUGGCCAAAGCUGAACCCGCCGGUGUCGCAGACAAGGACGCCUUGUUUGUCCUAACGUACGGGAUCAUCAUGUUGAACACGGAUCUCUACAACCCCAAUGUCAAGGCGCAAAACCGCAUGACUUAUACUGAUUUUGCUAAGAACCUGAGGGGGGUCAAUGGAGGUAAAGACUUUGCGCCGGAAUUCCUCCAAGAAAUAUACGACUCGAUCAAGCAGAAUGAAAUUAUCCUGCCUGACGAACACGAAAACAAACACGCUUUUGAUUAUGCAUGGAAGGAACUGUUGAAGAAGUCCGCCUCGGCAGGCGAGUUGGUUAUCUGUGAUACCAAUAUCUACGAUGCGGAGAUGUUCGAGGCCACUUGGAGACCCGUGGUCGCAACGCUCUCCUACGUCUUCAUGUCAGCAACUGAUGAUGCAGUAUACUCCAGAGUGGUCAUGGGAUUUGACCAGUGUGCUCAAAUUGCGGCCAGAUACGGACUCACAGAGGCCUUCGAUAGGAUCAUAUAUUGCCUCGCUUCGAUUAGUACUCUCGCAACUGACAAUCCCCCCAACACGUCUCUAAACACUGAAGUCCAGGCUGGCAAGAAGACCGUCAUGGUCAGCGAACUUGCCGUCAAGUUCGGCAGAGAUUUCAGAGCGCAAUUAGCCACGGUCGUUUUGUUCCGAGUCUUGGCUGGCAACGAGCAUAUGCUCAGACAUAGCUGGAAAUAUGUCAUCCGAAUCCUCCACAACCUAUUUAUUAAUUCCCUAAUCCCGUCAUUUGACGAAACUCUCAACGCUGAGCUCGAAAUCCCUCCCAUUCCCCUUCAGCCUCCUUCCCAAGUGGUGGAGCGCGAUGGGCGCGGAGAAACCGGCCUUUUAUCUGCAUUCACCUCCUACCUCUCGAGCUACGCGGCUGACGAUCCUCCCGAACCGUCUGAUGAAGAGCUUGACAAUACUCUGUGCACUAUUGACUGCGUCGCUGCUUGCGGCAUUAGUGACAUCUUGAAGAAUAUGAAAUCACUGCCGCUUUCGUCGCUCUCAUCACUGGUAGAUUCGUUAUUGUCGGAAUUGCCCGAAGAGAAUACACCGGCCGUAAUUGUGGUGAAACCUGAGCGCCCACCACCAGCAGCACCCAGGCCGCCCAGCAGUAAAGGCGAUCUAACUUCUCCGACCUACAAUCCUGGCAUGGUCUACACUCUUGAGUUGGCUACGCUUUUGACGCUAAGAGACAAAGAGACUGUGGAGGCUGUGGGUGAAAACCUGGCCAGCUCUCUGCAAGGCCUCAUUAGAGACGCAAGAAAUCUCCAUCCGCUUGUGGUCUCUAGAGUUGUAUAUUAUAUUAUGAACCUCUUGCGUCUAAGCUACGAACAACCUUUUAUGCGUGUUCCUGUUGUCCUCCAUGGUAUCUCUAGUUUUGACCAGGAUAUUUUGGAGAGUUCAGCCACACCAAUUUUGAGCGGGCUUUCUCGCUGCAUCAACAGCUCUGGGGCGCUGCGAAAUGAGAUUAUCGUAUCCCCUGAUUUCUGGUCGAUUUUACAACGGCUGCAUCAGCAUGAGGAAUCGGCACAGUUGGUUUUUGACCUGCUCCAAAGCAUUGUCGAUUCAAAACCGCCGGUGGUCUCCGCCGACAAUUAUGAAUCUGCAGUUAGUCUUGCCAAUGACUUUGCAACUGCUGGUAGUGUGGGCUCUGUUGAGGAGCGGAAGAGAGAUGCUUUGGCGCGGAGACCAAGAGGCGCCAAACAAGAAAAAGUCAGAUCAAGCGAGAACCAAACUGUGACUCGCGGUGUCAAGGCCAUUGGUAUAAUUUACCAGAUGACGGGACGCAUUUCGGCUCUGAUUCAGCAGUCCCACCUUGAGAAGCACGAAGCUUGGGCUGCUUAUUGGUCUCCUAUCUUCCAAUCCCUCACAAUGCAGUGCAUCAAUCCCUGCCGGGACAUUCGACAUCACGCCAUAUCCGUCCUUCAGCGCACUCUGCUGUCAUUGGAAUUCGCCUCGGAAGAUCAGAAGGAAUGGACAGCCAUCUUCGAUGAAGUGCUGUUCCCUCUCAUCCUGCGGUUGUUGAAGCCAGAGAUAUAUCACUCGGACCCGGUAGGAAUGAGUGAGACUCGUGUACAGGCGGCAACACUGGUCUGCAAGAUCUUCCUGCGCUGCCUGGACCAGUUAGCUAACUGGGGCGGAAUGCUGGAUCUGUGGUUGAGGAUUUUGGAUAUCCUAGACCGGAUGAUGAACAGCGGUCAGGGUGAUAGUCUGGAGGAAGCAAUCCCGGAGAGCCUGAAGAAUAUUCUCCUGGUCAUGGCAGACAGCGGUUAUCUAGCACCACCAGCACAGGAUCCAAGCAAAGAAAAGAUCUGGGUGGAGACCCGCAAGCGUCUCGAACGAUUCCUCCCCAACCUCUUUGCCGAAAUCUUCCCCAAUCCUCCCCCUUCUCCACCCCGAGACAGGCCCACCAGCAGCCAGCAAGGCUCGCCGAGAACCCCUAAUGGACAUGACGACACUAACGAUGACGAUACCAAAACCAGCGAGAAGAAGUCUGAUCCAAAACAAUCAGACGGAUCCACCACAGCCGCAGCAGCAGCAACAGCAGCAACAACAACCAGUCCAGAUGAUGUGGACUGA